UCUUGCUAAUGAUGUCUCGUUUCAUUAUAUUCGGUUUCUUGCUGGCAACAUGCUCGAUUGCUUUUGCUUUAGACCCUAGUCCUCUCCAGGACUUCUGUGUGGCUGAUCCAAAUAGCCCAGUAUUCGUGAAUGGUGUGGUUUGCAAAGAUGCAAAUCUUGUGCAAGCAGAUGAUUUUCUCUUUAGAGGACUUCACCUAAUGGGAAACACGUCGAAUGAUGUGGGUUCUAAUGUGACUGCAGUGAAUGUAGCAUCGUUACCAGGACUCAACACUUUGGGUAUAUCCAUGGCUCGUAUUGACUUUGCGCCAGGGGGUAUUAACCCUCCACACACGCACCCUCGAGCCAGUGAAGUCUUGACUGUCAUUGAAGGCCGUCUUCUGGCCGGUUUUGUCACAUCUAACCCUGAAAACCGAUUCAUCACCAAAGUACUUGUGAAGGGUGAUGUGUUUGCGUUUCCACAAGGUCUAAUUCACUUCCAGAAAAACAUUGGAAAAGGAUAUGCUAUCGCUAUUGCGGGUUUGAGUAGUCAAAAUCCGGGUGUCAUUACUAUUGCAAAUGCGGUGUUUGGGUCAAACCCUAAUACUGCUGGGGAUGUUCUUGCAAAAGCCUUUCAAGUAGACAUCAAAGUGGUUCAUCAAAUUCAAUCAAAAUUUUGAACUUUUAUGUGAUCACAGCAUGUUAAUUUCUUGAACUUGUAUAUUUCAAUUUUGUAACUUUGUUUAAUUUAGUCAUGUGGUAUUCAAAGAGAUUAAAAAGACU